AUGGCCUUACACGCCCGGCUUGCGCGCAAAUGGCUAGACCAGUUCUAUGCCGUUCCUGCUUUCAAUAUUGAGCCCCCGAAUCCAGAAUCAACGGCGUCAUGCCAGCUCAUGCUACGAUGGCCCAAGUUGGCUCCAGAUCAGUGUAGCACUGCGAAUCGAAAACGCGAAAGCGUGACGACCUUGACAACAAUGAGAUGGCUGGAUAUGCCGAGGAUUGAGAUAUCCGCGCAGCUCGCUUAUGCUGCCGAGCACGAUGACCCUGAUCUCAAGGAAGACGACACAUGGCUCUUGAUCACUUGGAUAAUGAACACCGAGUCAGGUAUACUCGGCAAAAUCCAAAAUUUUCUCAGCUCUUAUGGACUCAAUAUGUCCUACUGGCCCAAGAAGGGAGCCGAGUCCGCUGCAGCCCUAAGUUCUUCUGUGACUGCACCGAAUACCACAACCCUGAAGAAAAAGGCCUCGAAACAGAAGCACAAUAAUGUUGCAUCCUCCUCAGCACAUUAA